AUGGCCAACAACUCUUUCCGUGGCUCAAAACAUGGCCGUCGUGCGGAGGCCAAUCACGAUGCAGCAUUCAGCUGCACGCUCAAGGAGCUGCGCUCCCUCAUGGAGCUCCGAGGACUGGAGGGACUGACGAGGAUCCAGGAGUGUUACGGAGACGUGAAUGGACUUUGUGCCAGGCUCAGAACGUCCCCUGUCGAAGGGUUAGAUGGUUCCUCUGAGGACAUCAGUAGAAGAAAAGAGGAGUUCGGGCAGAACCUUAUACCUCCAAAAAAGCCAAAAACCUUUCUUCAGUUAGUGUGGGAAGCCUUGCAGGAUGUGACUCUCAUCAUCCUGGAGGUGGCAGCCAUAAUCUCACUAGGCCUUUCUUUUUACAAACCACCAGAUGCCGAAAGAGAGAAUUGUGGAAAGGCAGCUGGAGGGGGGGAGGAUGACGGCGAGGCAGAGGCCGGCUGGAUCGAGGGUGCCGCCAUCCUGCUGUCGGUCAUCUGUGUGGUGCUCGUGACGGCCUUCAACGACUGGAGCAAAGAAAAGCAGUUCCGGGGCCUCCAGAACCGCAUCGAGCAGGAGCAGAGGUUCACAGUGGUGCGCGGUGGACAGGUCAUCCAGAUCCCCGUGUCCGACAUUGUGGUCGGCGACAUCGCUCAAGUCAAAUAUGGUGACCUUCUCCCUGCUGAUGGAGUGCUGAUUCAAGGGAAUGAUUUGAAGAUUGAUGAAAGCUCUCUUACUGGUGAAUCAGACCAUGUCAAGAAGACCUUGGACAAAGACCCGAUGAUGCUUUCAGGCACCCAUGUCAUGGAGGGUUCUGGGAAGAUACUGGUCACAGCCGUAGGUGUCAACUCUCAAACGGGAAUCAUUUUCACCCUCCUCGGUGCCAGCGAGGAAGGCGACGAUGAGGACGAAGAUGACAAGACUGAGAAAGAUAGGAAGAAGAAGGAGAAGGAGGAAAAGAAGAAGGAAAAGGAGAGGAAAAGGAAAGAAAAGAAGGACAAGAAAAGUAGGUGGAACCCUAAGAACAAAAAGGACGAUAGAGGAAAGAAGGGUAAAGACAAGUACGGAGCUGGUGUGGAAAUGCAACCUCUCAACGAGGACGGCGAAGGAGAGAAGAAGAAAACAAACUUGCCAAAGAAAGAGAAAUCGGUCCUCCAGGGAAAAUUAACUAAACUAGCCGUGCAGAUCGGGAAAGCAGGGCUGUUCAUGUCUGGUCUUACUGUCAUCAUCCUGAUCUCUCUGUUCCUGGUUGACAACUUCUGGAUCCAGGGUCUGCCCUGGAUCAACGAGUGUAUGCCGGUUUACGUCCAGUUCUUUGUUAAGUUCUUCAUCAUUGGUGUGACAGUGCUGGUGGUGGCUGUACCGGAGGGCCUGCCCCUUGCUGUCACCAUCUCAUUGGCCUACUCUGUCAAGAAAAUGAUGAAGGAUAAUAACCUAGUCCGCCACCUGGAUGCCUGUGAGACCAUGGGCAACGCCACGGCAAUCUGCUCGGACAAGACGGGCACGCUGACCAUGAAUCGCAUGACGGUGGUGCAGGCCUACAUUGGAGACCGCCACUACAGAAAAGUCCCAGAGCCUGACCUCAUCCCAGGCAAGAUCCUUGACCUGCUGAUCCUGGGCAUUGGAGUAAACUGCGCCUACACCACCAAGAUCAUGCCUCCGGAGAAGGAUGGCGGCCUGCCACGUCAGGUGGGCAACAAGACAGAAUGUGCCUUGCUGGGCUUCUCGCUUGACCUGCGCCGUGACUACCAGACCAUCCGCAAUGAGAUCCCAGAGGAGAAGCUGUUCAAGGUUUAUACCUUCAACUCUGUUCGCAAGUCCAUGAGCACCGUGUUGAAGAAUGCUGAUGGGAGCUACCGCAUGUUCAGCAAGGGAGCGUCUGAGAUUUUGCUCAAGAAGUGCUGUAGGGUCCUGACAGCCAGUGGCGAGGCGAAGGUCUUCAAGCCACGGGAAAAAGACGACAUGGUGAGGAAUGUGAUCGAACCCAUGGCAUCAGAGGGCUUGAGGACCAUCUGCCUGGCCUACAGGGAGUUCCCCCUUGCUGACGGGGAACCCGACUGGGACAACGAAACAGAUAUACUCACCGGCCUCACCUGCAUCUGUGUUGUGGGCAUCGAGGAUCCCGUCAGACCUGAGGUGCCAGAUGCUAUUAGGAAGUGCCAGCGUGCCGGCAUCACGGUGCGCAUGGUCACCGGUGACAACAUCAACACGGCCCGGGCCAUAGCAUCAAAAUGUGGCAUCCUGCAUCCAGGGGACGAGUUCCUGUGUCUGGAGGGCAAGGAGUUCAACCGAAGGAUCCGCAAUGAGCUGGGAGAGAUCGAGCAAGAGCGCAUAGACAAGAUUUGGCCCAAGCUGCGUGUGCUUGCGAGAUCCUCUCCAACUGACAAGCAUACGCUAGUGAAAGGUAUUAUCGACAGCACAGUACUGGAACAGAGACAGGUGGUGGCUGUGACUGGAGAUGGGACUAACGAUGGCCCAGCCUUGAAGAAAGCAGAUGUGGGGUUUGCUAUGGGCAUCGCGGGCACGGACGUAGCCAAGGAGGCAUCGGACAUCAUCCUCACUGAUGACAACUUCAGCAGUAUCGUCAAGGCUGUCAUGUGGGGGCGCAAUGUCUACGACAGUAUUUCCAAGUUCCUCCAGUUCCAGCUGACGGUCAAUGUGGUGGCUGUCAUCGUAGCCUUCUCUGGAGCCUGCAUUACACAGGAUUCUCCACUCAAAGCGGUCCAGAUGCUGUGGGUCAACCUGAUCAUGGACACCUUUGCAUCCCUAGCUUUGGCUACUGAGCCCCCCACCGAGUCCCUGCUCCUGAGGAAGCCGUACGGUCGUAAGAAGCCUCUCAUCUCCCGCACCAUGAUGAAGAACAUCCUGGGCCAUGCCGUGUACCAGCUCACCAUCAUCUUCACGCUGCUCUUUGCUGGAGAGAAGAUUUUUGACAUUGACAAUGGCAGGAAUGCCCCCCUCCACGCCCCGCCUUCAGAGCACUACACCAUCGUCUUCAACACCUUCGUCUUGAUGCAACUCUUCAAUGAGAUGAACGCCCGUAAGAUCCACGGCGAGAGGAACGUGUUUGACGGCAUGUUCAACAAUCCUAUCUUCUGCUCUAUCGUCUUUGGGUCAUUUAUCAUCCAGAUUGUCAUCGUGCAGUUUGGUGGCAAACCUUUCAGCUGUGUGAGACUUAGCAUUGACCAGUGGCUUUGGUGUGUCUUCUUGGGCAUCGGAUGCCUUCUAUGGGGACAGCUGGUCUCCACCAUCCCCACCAGCCGGCUGAAGUUCCUGAAGACAGCGGGCCACGGCACACAGCAGGAGGAGAUCCCUGAGGAGGAGCUGGAGGAAAUGCAGGACAUGGACGAGAUCGAUCACGCCGAGAUGGAGCUGAGGAGGGGGCAGGUGCUCUGGUGCAGAGGUCUCAACAGGAUCCAGACUCAGAUCCGAGUCGUCAACGCCUUCCGAGACAACAUGUCUCCUUACGAGGGUCUGGAAACCCCGGAGUCACGCAGCUCCAUCCACAACUUCAUGAGUCACCCCGAGUUCCGCAUCGAGGACUCCGAGCCUCACAUCCCCCUCAUCGAUGACACCGAGGGGGAGGAUGACGCCCCUACCAAACGCAACUCUGUCGCCCUGCCGCCACUCUCUGCUCUCCCCCAGCUGCCGUCCUCACCCAACCAGAACAAUAAUGCCGUGGACAGGAUUAUUCCUCAUCAUAAGGAUAGCGCAAAGACCAGCUUGAUUGCUGCAAACUCCGCCGGGUUGCCGCCGUGCCCAGGGAGUCCGCUCCACAGCCUGGAGACCUCCCUCUGA